AUGUCAAAUAAACAAGAUCAUCAACAACAGCUAAAUACUGAAAAUUCGCAUAGAACAAUCCAUACUACUCGACUAAACCCUUUUACAACUGCCACGUCUUCUAUUGCUACAACUGUCGAACAAAUUCAUGCACAACCAAAUAAAAAAUUUUCAACUUUUCCAUCAUUACAUCGUGAAGAAGUCUCGCCGACAAUUUACUAUAGCAACAGCAUUAAUAAAUCCACUGUUAAAAAAGACUUUGGUCGACGAAAAUCGGUACAAUCAAUUUUUCAUCAUCGUCCACUUUUUGAGAGAGGUGAACUUGUGAAAGGUAUGAAUUCGAAACUGAGGAAUAAAGAGGAAAAAUACGAUGAAAUGGAAAUUAAGGGAAAAGAGCUUGAAAACGAGAAGGGUACGAGUGAGAAAUCAAAGAUUGAAAUAGAAUUGGAGGGAACACAAGAAGACAGUGUUGUUGCUAUGGUCAAAAUAGCUAGAGAUGAUUUGCAAUCGAUAUGUUCAACCGAUAUUUCGGAUAGUAAAUGGCAAUAG